UACAUAUAUGUAAAUCACAAUUAACGAUAAGUUUGUAGUAAAGUUGGCGCCGCCCAGAAAAAAAUCGGAGACAAUUUCAUUGACACCCACAAUGGCUUGCAGGGGCAGCCCAUUGUUCUUUGUGUUUCUCCGUAAAAACUUUCUAUAUUUGCGAUUCAAUUUGGUGCCUUUACUGUGUAUCUUUAUUGGGUCUGCGGCUGUGCUAUGUGGAUAUUUGCACUGGUCGGUGAGACCUGUGAAGCACAACUUGGAGGAGCUCGAACCAAAAGACUACGAUGUACUGAAACAACUUUACUUCCCUGCAAACGACCUGGACUAUAUAUAUUUUGCACCCAGCAGUAACAAUGUCGAUGAUAUUAUGGACAUGGUGCGACAGGAGCUGGAGAUCCCUGCAGAGCGUUUCCGUAUCUACAACAUUAGCUCCGAUAUGCAGCUGGACAUGGAACAGAACUGCCUGGGCAACUGUUUCGCAAUCAACUUUAAACAAGUGCCCAACCGGGGCUCUGUUGGACGGCUCGUGUAUAGUCUGAGCUCAAAUCAAAUGCGAAUUUCGCCCAAGAAACGAUUCGUGAAUGAUGAAGAGAUAAAUCAUCAGAAGGAUGACGACGACUACAUACGGGUGGGUUUUCUGACGCUGCAGCACAUAUUGGACCGCCAGUAUAUGAAGUAUCAGGAACUAAACCCCAACUAUGAGCUCCUGCUUAGUUCCAUGCCCAACCUGGAGGUUAGCAGCAUGGACAGCCAUCGUCUGACCUACUUUGGCACACUAUGCAGCAUCCUCUUCAAUGUCGUCCUGCUGAGCACUUUUGUUGUCCCUUUUGUGGAGGAAAAACAGAACGGACUCAAGGAGUUUCUAAAUCUAGUCACUCCAAUGAGUUUCCUGAAUGGCCUCACCUUCUUUUUCAUUCGCUUUAUCUGCUAUGCAGCGCUCCUUCUAUUUGUCCUUAUCGCCGCCUACUUUUACGAGGCUCUGGGCCUGAUUGGCUUCGCUUACAUCGCUGUUUUGUAUCUGCUUUACAUAUUGGCCACUAUGUCGUACGCGUACUUAAUCUCCGUGUGCUUUCACUCUGUUUUCUACGCGAAAAUUGGCGGCCUGGUGAUGCUGAUCAUUCCCUACGUGUUCAGUUUUGUCCGCAGCUGGGUCACCUCUGUGGCCUUUUUCCUGUUUAGCACCAAUGCCUUCCUUGAGGGCUUGGAUGUGUUCCAGACCUUCUCCAACAAACAUCGCCACUUUGGGGCAGCGGAUCUUUUCCGUGAGAUCAAAGAUGACUCCACCCGCAUGUUCUGGAUCUACUGUUCACUCAUUGCUCAAUCCAUCCUCUACGCUCUGCUUUACAACUAUAUGACCUGUGUUUUCCCCGGUCCUGGGGGACUCAAGCGUCCUUUUCUGUUCUUCCUGGAUCCCAAUACGUACAAAAAGCGACAACGCAAUGAGUACACAACUGCACCGCGUGGAACCCAUGCCAUCAUCAUAUCGGAACUGUGCAAGAAGUUCCAGACAAGUAAACGCGAAACGCUUAUUUCGGACAAUCUAAAUAUGACGAUUAACAACAAGGAGAUCACUGUUCUCUUGGGCCACAACGGAGCCGGAAAGACAACGAUGAUGAACAUGAUUAUGGGUCUGGUCCCGAAGGAUGCGGGCAAGAUUGUUGUCUGUAGCGAGCGCGAUGUGGCCUCGUAUCGCCACCUGAUUGGGUUCUGUCCCCAGCACAGUGUUUUCAUGAGCUACAUGACGUGUCAUCAGCAUUUGGAGUUCUUUGCCCAGCUGCGCGGGUCACGCCGCUCGGAUGCGUGUCUUUGGGCUGAUACCAAGCUCAAAAAACUGGGCCUCAAAGAGAAACGCGACGAGUAUGGGCGCAAUUUGUCAGGGGGAAUGAAGAGGCGCCUGUCGCUGGGCAUUGCCAUUGCAGGAAACACAAAAAUUGUGAUUCUGGACGAGCCCUCGUCUGGACUGGACAUCGAGUCCCGACGCCAGUUGUGGGACAUCCUGUUGAAUCUGCGCAAGGAGAAGGCCAUUCUGGUCACCACCCACUACAUGGAGGAGGCCGAAGUGCUGGGUGACACCAUCUGCAUCUUGGCCAACGGAAAGCUGCAGAGCACUGGCUCCCCUCUGGAACUGAAGCGUAGAUUGGGCAUCGGGUACCGCCUAAAGCUGGAAGUCACCGAUUUCACAUUCCGCGAACGUGAAAUAAUGAAAAUUAUACUCGAUUACGUUCCGACUGCCCGCGUGCUGAAUGUGGUGAAGCCGACUGUCUACAUUUGCCUGCCGUAUGCGUACAAGAUGUGUUUCUCGGAAAUGCUGCUCAAACUGGAGUCGAGGACAAGUGAGCUGGAAAUAAGUACCAUUUCUAUGACGGAUACUUCACUAGAAGAUGUUUUUCUAAGAUGUGCGGGAGAGCAGGAUCAGGUGGACACUCCAGACGGCUCUCGGAACGAUGCGCCCCUGCUGACCGCGCUCUACAAGCGACUACCCAGCCAGCACACUCCGCCCAGCACGUGGCAGCUGUGGCUGGCGGUGUUCUACAAGAAGUGGACGUUCCUUGCCAACGAGUGGUUAUAUGCUGUCAUAAUGCUGUCCCUUCCCGUUGUGUGCGUCUCUGGAGCCAUUCUCGCUAUGCACGCCAUGUCUGUUGUGAAGAAUGAGGCGGCCCUACCGCUCAAGCUCAGUCAGAUGGGCUCUGGAGUAGUUUAUAUAUACAAUCCGACGGGCCAUCAUGCUCAGGUUGAGCAACAGCUGCGGCAGCAGAUCGAACUUAGUGGACUCACGGCCAAAACGUUGCAGCUACGCGGAAACAGUGUGAAAAAUGAGCUCCUCGAAUUGCAACGCGACAACUUGGCGGAUUUCCUGGAACAGGUGGUGGGCGCUAUCGACAUGUACGGCGGGGGCCGGGGCACUGGAGGAACUCCGCAGAUAGAAAUCUUUUACGCGGGCAAUCGCUACCACAGCUCAGUGGAGCUGAUCAACUUUCUGGACUCCAGCAUGCUGAAGAUGGUCAGCCCAGAGUCGGACAUUGAAACCACGUAUGUGCCGAUUCGACGCUUCAUCAGCGACAUCAGUCCCACGCGAUUGGAGUACUAUGUGGUGAUCGUGUCCGUGGGAAUGUUCUUCUGCAUGUUCUACUUCAUUUCGCUACCCUUCCGAGAGCACGACAACGGCUUCCGCCAGCUCCAGACCAUGUCACGCUACACCUUCUGGCUGUCCACCUUUGUGUUCGACGUCCUGCUGCUGGUCCUCCUCUGUGUGGCGCUUUUUGUGCUUCAGAACUGGCUGAUGCCUUCGGAGCUCUACUCCACCUCAGAACUGAGAAUCAUUGUUAUGAGCAUAUUCUUCUACGGCUGCAGCUACCUGCCCAUUCUGUACUCGCUGGCCAAUAACUUCAAGUCCAUAUCGACGAUAUCCACCUACCUGCUGCUGAUGCUGAUUGUGUCCGCAAUUGCUCCUCUGAUCACCUCCAACAAUGCGCAGUCCAUAAAACUGCACGAGACGAAGAUAGCCUUCCUCUGCUUCCUGCCCGACUUCAAUCUGAACCACCAGCUGCGCAUCAUCAAUGAGAAUUUCAUUGCUAACCGACGCUCUGUACCCACCGCCCAUUUGCUUUCGACGGAUACGUUCUUUGUCUAUGCCAUGGCCGUCUGCGUGCUGGUCUUUUCAUUCUUCACCAUCGUUUUGGAGCACAAGUACCUCCGCCAACGGGUCCACGAUGCCAUCUGGAUGAACAGGUGCCUGGUCACCUUGAAGAAGAACAGCUCGACGGGCACCAGUUCUAGCACCCAGCUCACGGUCGUUGACGACUGUGCCAACGAAGAGCGUCGAGUGGAGGCGCUCAUGGUCGAUCCGACGCAGGAGUGUCCCUUGAUCGUCAGCAAAGUGCGCAAGCGGUACCACAAGAAAGUGGUGGUGGAUGGAAUCAGUUUUGCCGCCUCUAGAGGCGAAUGCUUUGGCCUCUUAGGCAUCAAUGGAGCCGGAAAGACGAGCACAUUCGAAAUGAUUGCCGCCAAUCUGCCUCUGGACGGAGGGAGCAUACGAAUCGAUGGCAUCGAUAUUCGAAAGGACGAAGUAGGCUAUCGCCAUCGUUUCGGCUACUGCCCCCAGUACGAUGCCCUGAAUAAGUUUAUGACCGCCGAACAAUGUCUCCACUAUAUGGCCCUCCUGCGGGGACUGAGCACCACCAGCGAAGGACCGAGUAGCGUGACGGAAAACGUGAAAUACUGGCUCGAAAAAAUGCACCUGACCAAGUAUCAACAGGUCCAGGUGCGACAUUAUUCGGGGGGGACGAAGCGCAAACUGAUGGCUGCCAUGGCGAUGAUCGGGGCCCCGACACUGGUUCUCCUAGACGAGCCCACGACUGGCGUGGAUCCCAUUUCCAGACGCUUUCUGUGGGAGUGCAUCAAGGACUUUCAGGGCCAGGAGCGCACUGUGGUGCUUACUUCACACAGCAUGGACGAGUGUGAGGAGCUGUGUAAUCGCCUGGCCAUCAUGGCCAAUGGGAAAUUCAAGUGCCUGAAUACCAUCUGCGCCUUGAAGAGACUGAGCGGCUUCACCAUAAAACUUAAGAUGAAACUAGACACGGAAACGGAGCAGAACGUGGACACUAUCACAAAUACCCUGAAGGCGCAGUUUGAGGGUCUGGAGUUGCGCGAGAAUCAUGCCGGAACCCUAACCUACUUUGUUAGCACCCAGGAGAACUUGGUCUAUUGGUCGAGGGUGUUUAGGAUAACCGAGGACCAUCUGACCGACAGAUUGGGCCACAUCGUGGCGGACUACUCGCUGAAUGAGUGCACUUUGGAAGAUAUUUUUCUCAAAUUCGACAAAAAAUCGAAGACCCCACCCUCAUCGCAAACAUCGUCGCGCAACUCCCCAGUCCAACACAACCCUGACGCGUCCGACUUUGUUUGAUUCGGGCCUAAAGGCAGGCACAGGCACUGAGCACAAGACUGCUGUUGGGGAGGGCUUCGUUUACUUUUCCCUGACAUCAUUGUUCAAUUGUUUAGCCAGAACACAGAACAGAACCACUUACAAUACCCGAUACAUGUUCAUGACUUUUCAGUUUAAACACCUGUAAAAUCUUUAAAAAUGCCUCAAUCCUUGUGAUUUUUUUUUCAUAGAAUGAAAAAAGACUAUAAUUUAUUCAAAGAGAUCUUUUUCCUUAAGAGAUUUUAAAUUGCUAAAAAAAAAUUGCAUGUAUCCACUUUU